CUAUAUUGAUUCCAUCUUGAUAGUGACAGUCAUAGUUUGACUUUAACAUAUACAAACGAUGUCUGUUCGAUUAAUAACAAUUUUAUCUUGUUUUACAAUUUUAGUAAUAUUACACAAUAGUUUAAUAUUAGCUUAUCCGUAUCCGGAAUAUCUACUGCAGUCCCAAGACGAUGACAUUUUCCAAAAUGAAGAUACACCUCAAUCCUGGAGUAACAUAGAACAACCUAUAGAAACACCUAGUAAACGAGAUUGUGCGGGAUUUCCAUGUAUGUAUACACAUCUUUCAGCAAAAGCAGGAAGGGCAUCGUUAUAUAGAAAAUUGGCAAGACUUAUAGACGACUGUAUAUCGGAUUUAAACUGUAACCCAGGAAGAAGGAAAAGAUCUAUAACCAGUGCUUUAGAAUUACUGACAGUCAGCCAACAAAGUUAACAAGAAAUUCACCGAUAAGGCUCACAUAUCAUUCUGUUGUUCAGUAUUUGUUUUAAUGUAUUUAUUCAUUAAAGAAUGGAAGGGUAAUAAUUUAUGUAAAUCAAUACAGAUUUAAUGCGGGUGAGAGAGUGUAGUAGAUUUUCAUUAAGUCAGGUUAUUAUACAAUUUGUUUACUGUUUAAAACUGGCUUAUAUCUUUUCCUCUUUCAUAUAAUCAUGAUGGGAGACAUGUCCCCUGCCGGUGAUGUUUUAUUACAUGGAUGUAUUGGUAAAUAAUAUUUUAUUAUCAUUUUACCUUAUUUCAUUGUAUUUUUUUAAGUAACAUGCUUGAUUAUUUUGAUUAUAAAUAUAGAAACGUUCUACAAUUUUACAUUAUGUCAUAUGCCUUCGAAUUGAAUUGAAAUACUAAAAUGUUUGCCACUAGACGUUAAGAAACAAAAAUGAACGAAUUGAUAAUUGAAUAAAUAAUUUACAGAUACUUGAAACUAUGACUAGUUUUGUUGAAAAAAAAUAGGAAACCCAUCUCUAACUAGGAAUGUCCUCUUUUUUCUUUUCUUUUAUGUUUGCAAUUGGUUUUUGUUGAAUUUUAGUUUUCAGGAGAGUUGAUUAAAAAAAAAAUUCAAAAAUUCUGGUAUUUUUUACUGUCUUAAAUCGAUUCAUAAUUUUAUCUUGAAUUAUUCAUGGAGUGUCAAAUCCUGAAAAUGCACAUUGAACAAUGUAAAAGAGGGUUUUAGUUGGUUUUUUUUAAUUGGCCCGCAUGUAAAUAGAAUACGCCCAUUAGUAGCUUUCGGCUGAAUCUUUGGUCGGGUUGUUGACUCAAUAACACAUUCCCCGAUAGCAUUCUCAAUUUUAUACUGAAAAUUCUCCCCAACUUUUAUUUUUAAUGAGAUAUGUAUAUAUGCUUAAUUGGAAUAUAAUUUGGAAAAUAAUUUUAAAGUUUUAUUUUGCUCUACUAAUGCUAUAUGUAAAAUUCAGAAAGGAAAUAGGAAAUGUGUCAAAGCGACAACAACCCGACCAUAGAGCAGACAACAACCGAAGGCCACCUUCAUUGUAAUAAAUGUUGCCCUGAAUGUGAAGUUUUAGCUUUCCUAGCGAUAUUUAAUUUCAUUUUUAUUUAUCAUGUCAAUUAGUGUAUGAACAUAUAUGAUCAUUUCAAAGAUACAUUUAGUUUUAUUAACAUGCUCAUUAAAGCUAGCAAUAAAUGGUUUGUCGAAUGUCUUUCAAA